AUUGGGGUUCAGGGUUUAGGGGAAAGAUCAGUAGUUGUCAAUUUUCAUAUAUCGAAUCACCGUCGUCGACUGUAUCGCCGGAGACGCCAUAACCGACGACUCUCCGUCGGCUACCAGGUACAUCUUUACCCAUCCUUUCCUGGUACUCAUCGUUCCUCCGGCCUUCUCCUUACGUCUAUUGUUCAUGAAUUCGAACCUUUCCCCCAUUUAUAUAGUGAGACAGGAUGUUCAAUGAAUUUAUGAAAUAUGCCAUAUUUUCAAACAGUCGGUAGCAUUUGAUUUUGUCUCCUAAGCAUCAAUGCAUAAGCAUAAAUUACUCUCCAGAAUCCAACUUUCCAGUUUCCGCAUUUUCAAUCGCAAUGUGGCCAGUGUUUCUGCAUUUGGCGAUAUUUCUAAUGUGCACACAUCUCACCAACAAAUCCUAUCCAAUCCCAAAGAAUUAGCUAUUCUAGUAUCGACGUGCUCGAAUCUGAAGCAACUGCGUCAAGUUUUUGCCCAAAUAAUACAAACCCGUUUCCUAGAACUGUAUCCAGCUUCCUUUCAUUACAAUAAUAUCAGUAGAACGUAUAUCCGGCUUCUGUCGCCUAGAGAAGCAUCGCGUGUUUAUAUUGCCAUGCGUCGUGCUGGCAUCUCACCGGAUGAAUUUACGCUUCCAAUUGUGCUGAAAGCGGCAAGUCGAAAUUUGGAUGUUGUACUAGCGGGACAGGUUCAUGGGUUUGCCGUUAAGUAUGGAAUGGAGAAUGACAUGUAUUGUGUGAGUGGUUUGAUUAGCUCGUACUCGAAAGGGGGAAGAUUUGAGAUGGCACAGAAAGUGUUUUUGUGUAGUCCUGUAAGAAAGCUGGGACAUUGGAAUGCUAUUAUAGCAGGGUUGUCGCAGGGAGGGCGUGGUAAGGAAGCACUGCGUAUGUUUGUAGAAAUGAUGGAAAGUGGGAUUUGCCCAGAUGAUAUGACUAUGGUUGGUGUGACUUCAGCAUGUGGGAGUUUGAGUGACUUGAAUUUGGCUCUUCAGUUGCACAAGUUUGCCUUUCAGGUGAAUAGAUUGGAGAAACCAGAUGUUCUCACGAUGAAUUCUGUAAUUGAUAUGUAUGGAAAGUGCGGUCGGAUGGACUUGGCUUACAAGGUCUUUUGUGAUAUGGAGGAGAAGAAUGUGUCUUCAUGGACUUCCAUGAUUGUUGGUUAUGCUGCACACGGACAUGUGGAUGAUGCACUGAGGUGCUUCAGCUGUAUGAUAGAAGCAGGCAUCACGCCUAAUCAUGUCACUUUUGUUGGAGUGUUGACUGCAUGUGUCCAUGGCGGGAUGGUGCAAGAAGGAAAAUAUUAUUUCAACAUGAUGAAAAAUAGUUAUGGAAUUGAGCCAAUGUUACCCCACUAUGGGUGUAUGAUUGAUUUGCUUGGUCGGGCAGGUAUGCUGGAUGAGGCGAACUUGAUGGUUAAGGGGAUGCCAAUGAAACCUAACGCGGUGAUAUGGGGGUGCUUGAUGGGUGCUUGUGAGAAGUAUGGGAAUGUGAAACUAGGGGAAUAUGUUGCUAAGCACUUGAUAGAGUUGGAACCAGGGAAUUCCGGGGUAUAUGUGGUUUUGUCAAAUAUUUAUGCCAACAGUGGUAUGUGGAAAGAUUUAGAGAGAAUAAGAAAAAUUUUAAGGGAAAGAAAGCUGGCCAUAAAUCCCUCUUAUAGCUUGCUCAAGUGAUAAUCCUGUUGGUUGGUGUUGUGUAAUAGCAACUAUCCAUCAAUGAUUCUCUUUAUGGAGUUUUUUAUUGUUCGACAAAGGCAUUGUGAAUUUCUUUCAAUCACUUGAUCCUGAUAACAGUCCUGGGAUCUAUGAGUCGGGAAAGAAAUUUACCAUUUAUUGGCACUCCUAUACGACCUUGAGGCUUUCUCAAUGUCAUCACCACCCAUUGAAACCAUAGCUGAUUUCAAAAGCUUGCUUACAGGUUCUUAAAUAGCUACUACUCAGCUGGAUUUGGAGCCUUAAACGAGGCUGCAGAAAAUAAGUUGUUGGAUGAGUUUUAAAGGUGAUCGGAUUAGAAUUUGCUUCCUCCAUUUUGACUGCUCUGGAAUAUUUCUAAAUUUUAAUGAAAUCGAAUUAUUAACUCCGUCUGGGAUUGCUGGUUGGCUUACCACUUUACGUGUAUGGAGAUGAACUCUGGAAACCCUUGCAUAUUGUAAAUUCAAAUAUUUCAACAUUUUGUUUCCAAUUCAGAACUAUUCCUGGGUUCAGUGUUGCCUGGAGGCCCAAUGAUAGAAAUGUGUAAUGGCAGGUGCUAUGAUCUUUUAUAUACAUAUUAGGGAAUGCUUCUUGGGAGGGUAUUUUUCGCCUUUCUGUGCUAUGAUUCCAUGAAUGGAAGACUUUUUAUAGUAAUUCAUGUUCAAACCUAAUGAUAAAGGGAAGAAACUUGUGCACAUUGAUGGUGAGGUAGCUGUUAGUUUCCAACCAUUGACAGUUAUAAUACUUCCCUUUCUGGCUAUGAUGAUGAGGAGGAGGAGGAAGAAGAAGAUACAAAAUCAUUGCCACAUUAUUCUGUUUGUAGAAUUUGAUAGCGUUUACAGACGUUACAAGCUCUUCUCAUUCAGGUUUGAAUCUUCAGUAACAUUUGGCUUUCUCUUUGCUCUCCUUGAAUCGGUAUUUCUUUUGAAAUGUAUUGCUCUAAUUCAAAUUCCAGAAAUGUUAACCCCUUGUAUAGAAGGUUGGCAUCAUUUUUAACCCCAUGUAACACAUCAUGAUCGUGCUCAUGGAUUUGGAUUUCAAAUAUUCAUUUUCUAUUCCUUGUGGCAUGAGACGUGAAAAAUCCCAGACAUCAAAUUGAUGUAUCCUGCAAACAAUAUGGAGUUUAUGUAUCUCAAAUAUAGCUAUACUCAUUACUCACCUCUAUCGAGCUAGACAAUAAUUGUCUUAGCAUCAUGCCUUUGAUCUUUGAGGUAUGAUGAUUUAUUCUUGCCUACAGAGUGAAGGGCUUGAUCUCAUGUGAUUGGUGACAUUGGUCUUAUUCUUUCUUUCAAGUAGUAAAGUGAACUUCGUUCUCAUGCAUCCUUGUCUUAAUACUGAGGGGAUGACUGUUGGGUAGAUUUUCAUUGUCCAACAAUUUCUGAUAUUUUAACUCUAAUGUUUCUAAGAAAACCUAUUAGGACUGCCUUUCAUGUGCAUGGAAUAUGCAUUCUCAUUUAUUCUCUUAAGAAGGUUCUUUCAGAAAUUGUUAUGUAUGCACUUCAUGUAUCUGAUGUUGAUUAACAAUUCCCUUACCCAGUUCUCUGAGGAUGAAUCUUUAUUAAGAUCUGAACUAGAGUAGCUUCGCUUGGACAAGCAUCGAAUUUUCUAUUAAUUGCAGUUACCCUUAGUCUCUUAUCAUCUAUGUUAGGUUCAGCGACUAAUGUGAUUGCUGAUCAACAAGUUUCACCUGAUGCAACUUUGCAGGCUGUUCCUGACCCUCUACUUUAGGAGCCGACCGAGUUGAGGAUAACAUGUAUGCAAGUGUUCGGAAAGUCAAGAUAGACAGCAUUAAAGUUUAGUAGUUUACAUACAGAAGAAAAGUGAGCUGGCAAAGUUAGUUGGAGUUUAAUUCGGUCUUCUGAUAAAGAUGUGAAUUCCCUACAACUUUACAAGUUCGAUUUGGUUCGAUCAUGUGGGACAAGAGCUGUCCCCUGCUCCUCGUUGCUGUUGGGGAGUUUAUCCGUGUAACAGGAUGUGGUGCAGACAUAAGGAUAGAAACAACGAAAAGGGCUUCACUUGGAACGUUAAAGGAUACUACAACUACAAGCGCCUAAACAAGUAAAGUGACUUUGUUGACUCACAACUUGAUUAACAUGGAUCUUUCAGGUUUGCCCACUCAAGUAUGCUCCCUUUUGCUUUCUCCCUUUCACCACCUUGCCCUCAACCGAAGGAAAUGCUUUAUGAUGUAAUUACUGUUUCGUGACUUAAUCCACUUAUGUUUUGUGCAUGGUUUUGUGGUGUGUGUUCCUCAUCUUGUCAAUUAGUACAUGCAUUAACACCAAAAAGUAAGUUUAUGUUGAUUUCAACCAAAGAUUAGAAUAAUGAGCUGAAUUAUCUUUAUCACUUUAUUUGAAGCAUCCUCAUCAUUUUAAUAUGGCGUUAGAAAUUGGGGUUGACUAUGAAUCUGUGAUCAUUGAAAGAAGUUGGUUGAUGGAUUUAACUAGAUCUUCUUUUAUGUUUCAUUUAAGGUUACAUCUUGGAUUGAGAAGAUGGUUUGAAGAAAUGACUCAAGGAACUUCCUAUUCGAAAAUUCAAAUUUCCCAAUGACACUUUCUUGGUCGAGUCUAUCGCGCAUAAGAUUCACUCAGUGUGAUUAUCUUUGAAGUGGGAUUUAUCUACAGGUUUGAUCAUUUUGCUGUAAAUUUGAUGUUCACUGCUCUAAAUUCAUUUACCUAAAUGGAAAUCUAAGUAAUAUUUUAUGGUAUAAA